AUGUCUUCCGGGUCCAAUGGUGCCAGGCGCAUAGCGUCACUUCUGCGGCCUUCCGCCUCCGACUCUAGAGUGUGCAGAAGCUGUCAAGAGACCAUCGUCCGCCGACAAUAUGCCUCAGCCGCGACGACGCAGGGCACCCCCGAGACCACGACCGCGCCGCCCACCUCGGCCUUCCCCGUCGUGAAGCCCACCCACACCAUCAAAGCCGGCGUACUGCUGUCCCGGCAGCCCCAGAUCACCCGCGACCUGACCGAUUUCGAGAAGGCGUACUUCUUCUACCAGCGCCGCCUGAACGAGCGGCUGACGCUCCCCUUCACCAAGUACUUCUACUUCAAGCGCGGCACGCCCGCCGACGAGGACUGGAAGCGCAAGAUCCGCGAGCGCCAGACCGCCGCCCGCGACAUCGGCAAGUACAACGCCUACUCGAAGGAUGCGUGGAACGACGAGCUGCUCGUGGGCGCGGUCGAGUCCGACCCGGCCCACCAGGUCGAGAUGCUUGUCCAGGACGCCGAGGCCACCGCCAAUGCCACCUCCCAGGACACCAGCAAGAAGGAGGAGAUCCCCCGGCCGUUCCCCCGGUGGACGGAGGCGGACGAGAAGGGCGACCACAAGAGUCUGAACCGGGCCCUGCAGCGGACGCUGUAUCUUCUCGUGCAGUCGAAGGAGGGAUACUGGAAGUUGCCCAGUUCCGCGGUGGAGCCGGAGGAGACUAUGAAGCAGGCUGCCCAACGUACCCUCGCCCAGGCGGCGGGUGUCAACAUGAACACCUGGUUCGUGGGCUACCACCCCGUCGGCCACUACGUCUACAACCUCCGCAAACCCUCCUCGGAGCUCCGCGGCGAGAAGACCUUCUUCAUGAAGGCGCGCAUCUUCACCGGCCAGGCCGACUUGACUGGCAAUGCUGAUAACCUGACCGAUUUCAAGUGGUUGGCCAAGGAUGAGAUCGCCAAGUACGUCCGGCCACAGUACUAUGCUAGCAUCAAGAACAUGCUGGCCGAGCGGUAA